AUGAAGGCUCUUCGCCUCCUUCGCGACUCUGCUGCGGAGUCUCCUCGUUUGGUUUUCACCCAGGUUCCAAAGCCAGCUCUUGUUCCGAACCAUGUGCUGGUCAAAGUCCAUGCCUCGGCUAUCCAUCCCAGUGACGUCGGCAACGCUAUGGGGUUCUUUUCAUACACUCAGUACCCCCGAGUCGUUGGGAGGGACUAUGCGGGCGUCAUUGAAGAAGGCCCUGAGGAGCUUGUCGGAAAGGAGGUGUAUGGCACCAGCGGACACGCAUAUGCCUUUACAAAGGACGGGUUUCAGGCAGAAUACUGCCUCAUCCACGAGGACGAAGUGGUGCUGAAGCCGAAGAACAUUUCCUUUGUCCAGGCAGCAACGCUCGGCGUUCCCUUCACGACGGCUGCGCAGAUGGUGGAGAGGGCAUCCAUCACAGAAUCCGACACGGUUCUCGUGAUAGGGGCCAACGGUGCCGUUGGAUCGUCUGCCGUCCAGCUCAUCAGAAACAUUGGCGCGAGCAUCAUCAAGGCCACGCGAGACGAAGGAGACGACAUCAACACCGACAAGGAUGUAGAGCUCAAGGCCGUAGACACGCUGACCAAAGGCCGCGGAGUCGAUGUUGUCCUUGACACCGUUGGAUCGCCCAUUCUGACGGUCAACGCGCUCAAGAAGCUGGCAAAGAACGGCCGUCUUGCUUUCAUUUCAGCACCCAAGUCUGGCGCGAGGGACAUCAGCUUCGAUAUGCGAGACUUUUACCGAGCAGACUUGAGCUUGCUGGGAUGCAACUCGCUGAAUCCAUCGCCCAAGGAGAUGGCCCAGCGGCUAAAGGGCAUCAAGGAUCUGUUUGAGGCUGGAGAGCUAAACGUGGAGAGCAAGUGGACGCAAGUGCCAAUUGACCAGGCAGCGGAGGCGUACGAGAAGCUGAUGAAGCGAACGACGGACGAGAAGUACGUUGUUGUCAUGGAGUAG